AUUCUCCUAGAGCGUUCAAAUGAAAAGAGUUAAUUGACAUGCGCAACUUGAUAAUUAAGACUUCCGGUAACGUGAAAUUCGCCGACUAAUUUUAUUUUAAUAUUUUUUCGAUGGAAAACGAUAUUUUAGAUUCAUUAGAGGAUAUCGGAUAUACUGGUGAGAUUUUACAAGAGGAAGUUUUACAACGGGCACUAGAAGAUGGACCUUGUUCUUUGGACUAUACUAAUCUUGUGUCAUGGCUUACACACCAACUCAAGGAUUUCUGUUCUUUACAAGAGUCAGUGAAUGCUAUCACUGGUCCUGAUGAUGCUUCAAACUUCUUGAUGGAACUUAGUGGAUUCCUCAGAGAAUAUGGUUGUCCCUAUAAUGCAUUGAAUGAUGGACCUAUUACACAAAGACUGGCAACAAAAGAAUCUCGACUUCAACUUUUAGAUUAUCUUAUUACUGAGUUACAAGGUGUUACCAUGGUAGCCACCAGAAAUCCAGCCCUCCUUAAAACAACGGCACCAACUGCAGCUGCUGAUGUCCCUGAUCAGUAUGAGAGUGACACAGCUCGAUAUCUAAAGCUUAUGUUGAUAGCUCUAGGAUUUCCUAAACCUCCUGCCAAUAUCACUGCCUUUCAACUCUUCAGUAAAUUAGAAACCAAGAUUAAGGAGUUGAUGAGUAAACAUCCAAAUGCUAUUGGUAAACCAUUAAUGAAAGUUCGCCUAUCUGACAAACAGUGGGAUCAGGUGCACAAAAUUAACACUGCUUUAUGUGAUGAAUACAAAACUAGGAGAGAAAUGAUCCUUAAACGCCUUGAUGUUACCAUACAGUCUUUUAUGUGGUCAGAGAAAGCUAAGCAAAAUGAAAACAAAAUAGGAGAAGUAUAUCAACCAAUCAGGAAAAUAUUAAAAUCCACAACAGUAAUUGGUGUACCACAGAUUCUGUCUGCUAGAGAUGAUUUACUUCGUAUACAAAAAACAAGCAGUGGUUCAGCUAGAGAAGCAACAAAAUGUGCAAUAAAUAGAGUACUAAUUCCACGGGUACCGGAUAGAGGAGGGCGGGCCUGGGAGUUAGAACCUCCCCCUCCAGAAAUGCCAUCUUUUAUGAAGAGACAAGAUGCUCCACAAGGUCAAAGACCACAAUCUGCACGAGGUGGUCGUGGAGGAAGAGGGGGAGGACAAGAUUAUCAAGGUGGUAGGGGAGGGAAGGUUCAAGGUGGUUGGGGAGACAGCAGAGGAGAUAAUGUUGGUGGAAACUGGAACCAAGGUGGAGGAGGGUAUAGUCGCCCCCACACUGCAGGAGGUGGAAGUGGGGGAGGUUACCAGGGUGGUGGUGGAGGAUACCAGGGAGGUGGAGGAGGGGGAGGUUACCAGGGUGGGGGUGGAGGAUACCAGGGAGGUGGGGAUACCAGGGAGGUGGAGGAGGGGGUGGUUAUAAUCAAGGUGGGGUGGUGGAUAUAAUCAAGGUGGGGGUGGUGGAUAUAAUCAAGGUUAUAAUGAUAGGGGUGGGGGUGGAAGAGGAGGUAGAGGUGGGCGUGGAGGAAGGGGUAGAGGUGGGAGAUAUUGAUGUUAUUUAUAAUAAACUUGAUGGAAGUGAAAUGUUGUUAUUCCCAGAAAUGUGCUAAAUGUUCAAUAUUAUAAGUGCUUAACUGAGCAUAAUAGCUUGAGUAGUUUAUACUGAAAACUAUAUACACAAAUAAUUCAUUUACAUAUACAUGUUCUGCUGACAGUACCAACUGAAUAUGAAGUAGAAUUAUAAGAUAUUGCUAUUGUUAAAUCUUAUAAUUGAAUAAGAACUUUACCAGCAGAAGAACAACUUUUUGAUGAAAUGUAUUCGAAAUUUAUGUAUUUAAGUAAUGAUAAUCAUGUUUUAUUAGUCCCCUACUGGUUUAACCGGAGGGGACUUUAGGUUUACCCUCCGUCUGUCUGUCCGUCUGUCCGUCCGUCUGUCAGUCCGUCCGUCCACAAAACUGGAUCCAACGAUAACGCAAAAAGUACUGAAAAUAUUUUUAUGAAACUUGAUAUAUGGAUAGAUGGCAGUAUGGACAUUAUGCACGUCUUUUUUUUUCUUCCUAUGUUGAAAAUUCUGGUUGUUAUGGCAACAAAUAGUCUGAAAAUAUGGCAAAUUUAACACAUAAACUGGAUCCAGUGAUAACUCAAAAAGUACUGAAAAUAUUUUUAUGAAACUUCAAAUAUGGGUAGAUGGCAGUCUGGAGAUUAUGCACAUCUUUUUCUUUUCUUCCUAUGUUGAAAAUUCUGGUUGCUAUGGCAACAAAUAGCCUGAAUUUCAAGAUUUCUGAUUUAAAUUUUUCAGCUUUUUCACUAUAAGUUCUUUAUUUCUUAAGGUGUUUACUUCAAACUUUAAAUAUAAGUUUCUGGCCAUCAACCACAUCAUAUGUGACAAGGUUUACAACUCUAGCACAAAAAUUAUCAGUAUUACCUCCCUUGAACUUAGAAUUUUUAUGAAAAAAAAUGUUGUCUUUUUUAAAUAACUUCUUUAUUUCCUAAUGUAUCUACUUCAAACUUCAUAUAUAUGUUUCUUAUUAUCACUCAACAUUUUUGAGAAGGUUAAAUACUCUAGCAAGACUAUUUCCAGAAUUAUCUCCCCCUUGAACUUAGAUUUUUUUCGAGAAAUUGGUAUUUUUCACUCCAACUUCUUCAUUCCUUAUAGGAUUUACUUUAAAAUCCCACAUCAUAAUAAUAUGACAAGGUUGUUUAAACAGAAUUUCCUUACUAGGCAGGGAAACUUAACACAUUACUGUGAUAUAGACAAACUUAGAACUCAAAAGAUUUAAGUUCAUUCAUGUCAUUCAUCCACUGGUAAAAUUGAAUGGCCAAUGGCCCAUCAGAAUGCUGCUGGGGUUCUAACCGGUAGGGGACUUAUGGAUUGCUUGCAAUACUAUGAUAAUUGCUUGUUCCUAUUGAUCUUACCUUUUGUUUCAACAUUGCUUAUAACAUUUGAUUAAUACUGCACUUUACAAUGUUUGUUAAAGAUGUGCAUUUAUUCUAAGGGGCAUUAAAGUGUAUUCAUGAACCGUGAUUGAAGUUUUGGUGAUUGUGUGUCACAGAUAAUAAAAGUUGUGUCCUGGUAAUAUUCAUUGUUGGUUUGUCCAACUUUAUGACGGUUAUACAUCUAUAUGUCAAGAUUUAUAAUUUCAUUCAUUAUUGUAAAUGACAUGUAAGCAAACAAACAAUACAGAUUAACUCAAGAAGAACAACAACGGUACAUGUUAUGUAUGUGAAAUUUGUCAAAUAGAGAAAUUUUGAAUGGCAUUUUUUAACUGAUGAUAUUUCAGGUAUUACUUGCUUUUAUCAAGUUAACAUGUGAACUACAUAUUUGAUUGAUUUAGUGAUAUUAAAGUGAUACAUUUGUAGAGUGCACUUCUUUGUUUAAAUGAUUGAUAACAGGUAACUAGGUGUUCAUACUAUAUACAGCUUUCUAAAUGUACUUAAUUUGUUAUGGACAAUUGCAAAUAAAUUGAAAAAUACCA